AUGACCGAAAAAUCCACUUUCCCCAUUCAAUUCCCCCACCUUACCAAAACCAAUUAUAAAAAAUGGUGUAUCCGUAUGAGAGCCUUGCUGGGAUCCCAAGAUACUUGGGAUAUUGUCGAAAAAGGCUACGAGAUUCCCGUGGAGGAUUCUCGGUUAUCUCCUGCUGAAAAGGAGGUAUUGAGAAAAAAUAGAAAGAGUGAUCAAAAGGCACUCACUCUAAUUCGUCAAUGUCUUGAUGAAUCGAUGUUUGAUCAAAUAGCAGAUGCUACCACAGCAAAGGAAGCAUGGGAAAUUUUGCAAAAGGAAAUGCAAGGCGUAGAACCAGUAAAGAAGGUUCGACUUCAGACACUAAGACGAGAUUUUGAAGCCAUUAAAAUGAAGGAAGGUGAAUCUGUUUCAGAUUACACCGCCCGUGUGAAGUCAGUCGUCAGCAAACUGAAGCAGUAUGGGGAGAAAAUUGAAGAGACCAAAGUGGUGGAGAAAAUUCUACGGUCAUUAUUACCAAAGUUUGAUUAUGUGGUGGUGGCCAUGGAAGAAGCUAAGGACGUGUCAAAAAUGACGGUUGAUGAAGUCAUCGGUUCAUUACAAGCCAGAGAAGAAAGAUUAAAUAAAAGAAAUGAAGAAUCGUCAGAACAAGUGUUAGCUACAAAAGCUACCACUGAGGAGAAAGAAGGCGCACGAGGAGGAGUUCAGUACAGAGCAAGCAACCACAUGUGUGGAAAAAGAAACAUGUUCGUGGAUAUGGAUGAAUCAGUGAAAGGAAAUGUCGUAUUUGGAAAUUCCUCGAAGGUUCCUAUCAAAGGCAGAGGAACUAUACUCAUCCGGCUGAAGAAUGGCUCACAACAAUUUAUCAGUGAUGUGUACUAUGUCCCAGACAUGACUAGUAACAUCCUGAGUUUGGGUCAAUUGAUGGAGAAGAAUUAUGAAGUCCACAUGGUGAAUUGUCAAUUGGAGCUGCUAAAUGAGAAGAGGCAGUUGUUGGCCAGAGUCCCAAUGUCGAAAAACAGAAUGUUCACACUGAACAUUCAGACAGAAAUGGCGAAGUGCUUGAAAGCGUGUGUAAAGGACAAUACAUGGCUAUGGCAUCUGAGUGAACCAGUUGAUGUUGAAGAAGCCAUGAAGGAUGAAAAAUGGAGAAGAGCCAUGGAUGAAGAAAUUGGAGCAAUUGAGAAGAACAAGACUUGGGAGCUUGUAUCACUAACCGAGAACCAGAAGCCCAUUGGUGUGAAGUGGGUAUUCAAGGCCAAGAAAAAUGCUAAAGGAGAAGUUGUCAGGCAUAAAGCAAGAUUUGUGGCUAAAGGAUAUAGUCAGAGACCAGGCAUUGACUAUAAUGAAGUUUUUGCUCCUGUAGCAAGAAUGGAGAGUAUCAGGAUGCUGAUAUCUCUCGCUGCUCAAAAUGGAUGGAAGAUACAUCAAAUGGAUGUGAAGUCAGCUUUUUUGAAUGGAUAUCUCGAGGAAGAUAUCUAUAUUGAGCAACCACCUGGGUAUAUCGUUGAAGGUCAAGAAGAUAAGGUGCUAAAGCUGAAGAAAGCACUGUAUGGUCUUAAACAAACACCGAGAGCUUGGAAUAUGAGGAUUGACAAUUAUUUUCAGCAGAAUGGAUUCAACAAAUGCCCACAUGAGCAUGCACUAUACAGCAAGGUGCAAGGGGGAGAAAUAUUGAUGGUUUUCCUAUAUGUAGAUGAUCUCGUCUUUACAGGCAACGAUCCUCAAAUGUUUGAAGAGUUCAAGAAGACGAUGGUUCGUGAGUUCGAGAUGACAGACAUUGGACUAAUGUCAUACUAUCUUGGAAUUGAAGUAAGUCAAAAGGAGGAAGGAAUUUUCAUCUCACAGAGUGGUUUUGCCCAGGAAGUCCUGAAGAAGUUUAAGAUGGUGAAUUGUAAUCCUGUAAGCACACCAGCCGAACCAGAUAAUCUCUACGCAGUUGGAUUAGUCAGCAGAUACAUGGAGGCACCAACUAUGUCACACUGGAAUGCUGCAAAGAGGAUAAUGCGCUACGUCAAAGGAGAUGUGGAUGAUCGCAAGAGCACUACAGGAUUUGUAUUUUUCCUGGGAGAUACAGCUUUCACAUGGAGUUCAAAGAAGCAAGCUAUCGUGACACUGUCAACUUGUGAAGCUGAGUAUGUUGUUGCGACAUCGUGUGCGUGUCAUGUGAUAUGGUUAAGAAAGUUGCUAAAGGAAUUGAACAUGACACAGGAAGAGUCAACUGAGAUUUAUGUUGAUAAUAAGUAUGCCCUGGCGUUAGCAAAGAAUCCGAAGCCGCUGAAGCAAGAUGUAUUCGUCAAGAUGAGGACGCUACUUGGAGUUACUACGAAUUAA